AUCGGGGGGCUGGAAACCAGGACUCCUGGGUUCCGGGAGGGGAGUGGGAGCCGCAUCUGCCCUGGAGAGCCCCAGAAGCCCCCCGUCCCGUGGCUCCAGGCCCCCCCACGCUCUCUCUGCCUCGCAGGGGGAGAGUAUUUCAGCGACGAGCAGAUGCGGGCGCGGGAGCCCCUGCUGUACGAGCAGUACAUCGGGCAGUACCUGAGCGACGAGGAGCUGCUGGCCCUGGGCAGCCAGGCACUGGCCGGCCCCUGCUCCCUCUCCGGCGUCCUGCUCGACUCCUACCAGGAGCAGGUGCUCCAGCUACGGCUGCACAUACAGCAGGAGCAGGAGGAAGCCUGCAUGGAGGAGGAGGAGGAGGAUGACGAAG